CGCCCCUUUUUUUAUACAGGUAUCCAUCGUUAAUCUGACAGGUUCGAUGACCAAUCACAUACACUGUUGAAUCACCCUACACGGGCUUGCAUCAUUGCCACGGCUAGAGUGGAUGAACGCCUUGUGUUGAAUUGCCACCAGUUCCUGUACUAUACGCGGCGUCUCAGAUUCUUGGUCUAUUAGACAGAUCACAUAUUCGGAUCACGGAAGAAAGAUUCCCGCCAUGUGCCAAGACAUUACGAAAGACGCCCGUAGGGCCUUGCAUAUUGUCGAGCCAGUGUCAGCGCAUACGCAUACCGCCAUCAUACUUCACGGAUGAGGUAGGAAUGGCCCCGAGUUUGAAGAGGCGGCAGCUCCCUGUUGACCAAUUUCCCUGGGUGGCGCUGGGUAUUUCCAUCAUCAAAUGAGUUUUGGAACGAAACAGUUCAGGAACACAUGCCGGAGUGGUUCGAGGCGCCAUCAUUGGCAGACCCUACAAUAAGAAAGGAGGCUCAAAUUCCAGGUAUUAUAGAAUCAUACAACUACAUUGAAGGGUUGAUAGCCGAUGAGAUCAACUUGCUUGGCUGCAAGUCGGAGAACCUCCUCUUUGGUGGUAUCAGCCAAGGCGGUGCAGCUGCACUCUGGAUGCUUCUCUGUCGCCAUGCAACGUCUCAGAUAGGAGUCUUCUUCGCAGCUAGCACAUGGCUGCCAUUUGUCGACACUAUCGAGAAAAUACUGUCAAUAUCUAAUAGCGGUAUGACUGACGGCGCCGGUCAAGAUCCAGCGUCGACAGACACUGACAGUUUUCUACACCAACAUAUGCAAUGCUUGCUCGGGGGAGAACACAAGGCUUCUGAAAUCAAGGUAUUUCUUGGCCAUGGCCUAGAUGAUGCCUAUGUCGAUGCUUCCCUCGGACGCCAGGCUAGACAUGUCCUUACUGCAGCUGGCUUCGAAGUGGAGUGGAAAGAAUACUCUGGCGCAGACCAAGAGGGCCAUUGGCUUCAGGAACCGACUGAAAUGGACGACAUCCGCCAGUUUAUAAUCAAAUAUAUGAAGUAAUCAGCGUCUCGCGCUCUUCCAGACUAUACUCUAGCACGAUGAAGACAACGACAGCCUAUCCGCACAGUCAUGAAUGUGGUGUAUGCCAUUUCAAAUAAUGUCCAUAUUAACCUGAACAAGCAGUAGC